CAAAACCAGCCGGCAGCCACAUGCCAAGCCAUCACCAUGCCCUACCCCCCCUCUCACCGAGCCUGUGCCCCUAACCCCCUCUGCGCGAACCAGCCACCCCCCCUCUCUGCACGAAUCAGCCCCCCCUCGCCAGCACCCCCGAGCCCAGAUCUGCACUCACACCCGAACCCUGCUCCUGCCCAGCCCUGCACACUGCGCCUGCUCUCCCGUCUGCACACAGGCAAUCAUACCUACCACACGCCUACACGCCCUACCCCUGCACGCCAUUGUUUGCCCUGCUGCACCCCAGCCUGCACUCUGCCGCGCCUCCUGAACUCUAUGCCCCACUGCCGGCAAUGAUGCCCCUGCACGCCCGAGCCAUCAUCAGCACUCCACGCCGCUGCCUCCCUGCACACCGCGCCUCACCCCCAAUCCCGCGGCUCUGCACUCUGCUUGCUACAGCCCCAUCAUUGCCUCACAUGCAGAAAAGACAGCGAAUGCCGGACAAAUGAGCAUCCUCAGAGAAAUUUUUUUUUUUUUAUGUUAUUUGUGUAUAUAUAUAGAGCAAAAAGCAGGUCUUUGGGGGUGGUUGGUGAAGUUUUGGAGUUUGCUUUGGGUUGGUUUUUGGUUGAUUUUGGGUCUGUUUGCUGGGGAGUCUCGUCUGAGUUUUUGAGAGCAGAAGAAGGAAAUUCUGAGGAGAAGAGGGGGGUCUUUUGCUGGUUGAUUUUUGAGUUUAGUUUGAAAAGAAGAUCGAUUCUGCUCGCUGGAGGUGGGAAAACAAAAGGGUAUUCUUGCUUUAGGUAAUCUCCUGAACAGAGGGAUUUUU